UCUGACAGGGUUGGGCCCGUGGUUGAUCUUUACCAGUAAUACAGGAAAGGUAAACACACACGGGGUGAGAAAGGAGGAGACAGAUGCUGGUCAGACAGGAGCGACCAGGAGAGAGACAGACAACAUAGCUCAGAGAUGCAUAAUAACCCCUCACAUGUAAAUUAUGGAUUUCAAUAUGGAGAAGAAAGACCUCCGGCAUUUGCGCCUGGAUAUCCAACGGCGUAUCCCCCUGCACCUCAGUACACGAACAGAGCACCUGAACCCAUCAACACGCACCACACCGCCACAGCCGGACUUCCUCACACCACAGUGAGACGCAAAGGCAGCAGAUGUAAAUGUCUGUGCAUAACAGCAGCAGUUGUUAUUAUUAUCCUCAUCCUCUUGGGAGUAGCGGCCGUGUUGUUAUGGUACUUCUUAUACGGAGUGUGUACGCUGGGACGGAGAUGUGGACAAAGCAACACAUGUGUGCGUUCGUCACAGUGGUGUGACGGAGUAACGGAUUGUCCAAAAGGAGAGGACGAGGCCCAAUGCUUAUAUGGAGUGUGUACGCUGGGACGGAAAUGUGGACAAAACAACAAAUGUGUGCUUUCGUCACAGUGGUGUGACGGAGUAACGGAUUGUCCAGAAGGAGAGGACGAGGCCCAGUGCUUUCGCUUCUACGGUGCUGAUUUCAUGCUGCAGAGUUUCUCAAAUGAAGACCAAAAAUGGAAGGUAGUGUGUUCAGACAGGUGGGACAGCAACAUCGGGAAGCGGGCAUGUCAGCAGAUCGGAUAUUCCAGUUCUAAUUAUGUGAACUCUGGGACAAUAAACCCGGGCUCUGUGGCAGCAGACGGCUACAUGACCCUCAAUGCUGAUUACUUGGCACUCAGCUCUGAUCCUGUACAUAACUCUCUCUCUAGCAGUGCGAGUUGCCCAACUAAUGAAGCAGUGACCCUAAGGUGUAGCGAUUGUGGAAAAUCUUCAGCACUUGCAACGCGUAUCGUUGGAGGAAACGUGGUCACGACUACGAGCCGCUGGCCGUGGCAGGUCAGUCUACAGGUCUCGGGGAACCACAUGUGUGGAGGGUCGAUCAUUACUCCAUCAUGGAUUGUCACAGCAGCUCACUGUGUUCAGAAAUAUUCAUCUCCUAGUCAGUGGAGGGUGUAUGCAGGGUUUCUGACCCUAACCCAGAUGUCCUACUCUUCUGGAAACUUAGUCAGCGAAGUCAUCUCACACUCUGGCUAUAACACUGACACCAGUACCAAUGAUAUCGCUCUGAUGAAACUCAGGACGCCGCUUCAAUUUUCUUCUAGCAUUGCACCAGUGUGUUUGCCCAACAGUGGUCUCGACUUCUCAACAUCAAGAACCUAUUAUGUUACCGGAUGGGGGGCGACUUCGAAUGGAGGUUUUGCCUCUAAUGAUUUACGUGAGGCUCAAGUCUCGCUGAUAAGCAACACGGUGUGUAACAGCCAGCAGGUUUAUAACGGUCAAAUCACCGACUCCAUGAUCUGCGCGGGCAAACUGGAGGGUGGAGUGGACUCAUGCCAGGGGGACAGCGGUGGUCCUCUGGUCACGUCCCAGAGUUAUCUGUGGUGGCUGGUGGGAGACACUAGCUGGGGUCAGGGCUGCGCCAUCCGAAACCGGCCGGGCGUUUACGGGAAUGUGACUUUGUUCCUUGACUGGAUUUACACACAAAUGAAAAAAUAUUAAUUUGACAUCCGGACAAAAAUGGAAGACCUCGUGGACCUUCAUUUUCGAGCCACUUUAUGGAGGGCAGUUUGAAGAUAUUCAUCCUAAUGUUAUAUCCUGUGGAUUAGCAGUAUUUCUCAAUCAUUUAUUUUGAUCUCUGUUUAUUUUUGUAAUAGAUUUUAAAUAUGUUUUGACUAAGAUGUUUAGCGCUUAAAAUUUUAAAACACUUUAACUAUUUAUUGUAAAAAAAAUAUAUAUAUAUUUUUUAAUGAAUAAUCUGAAGAUUAUGCGUUUUUUUUUUUUUAAAUGCACGCAGUAUCUGAUACAUGAAGUAAAACGUGCAAGUCUUGUGUCAUUAAGAAGACGCGGGGCGUGUUUUUGGGACUGUUCAAAUUUACUUAUGCUUUAUUUGCACAACUCUUGUUCUCCAAACACUACCCUGACCAUAGUGAGGUCAGAAACAGAGCGUGAGUGGCAGAGAAAAUGGUCAUAUCUCUCUAAUCUCUCCAUAAAGACAAAAAAAUGUAUCAUAGAUUAUAGAUCAUAGCUCAUAUUCAAUCCAAGUACAAUCAUAUAUUUCCCUCUGCAUUCCCUCUGUUCUGUACGUAUCACUCAUUACUGCUUUCUGUAAAUUAAUUAAAAUGAUU